GUAAUAUUAAUUAAUUAAUAAAUGCAGGCUAUUCAAAAUGCACUUCAUCUUAAAAUGAAGCGUAGAAGAAGUUAUCUUCUUCCAUGUUUCCAGCCUGUGUUAUGAUGACGGGUUGUUUAGCUCCAUGCUCAUUUAAACUUGAUUAAACAUGAUUAAACAUGCCGCCUUUGAUUAUUAGUAUUAUUAUUAUGUGCUUAUGUAAUUAUUUUAUUGUUUUUAGGAUUGACAUUGUGAGCUUUUUCAUGCUUUUCAAGCUGUUCAACUGUUGAAUAUGCUCGUAAAUGUUGCGCAUAUGCAGUCAGAUUCAGUCUCCAUUUUAAGUUGACUGAACAAAGACGGAAGAGAAAAAAACUGAGGACUGAGGCGUGACUGACUUCAGAUCAGAAGAUGAGUGAUAGUGUGGAGAAAGAGGAGGACAGAGCAGAGUCUCCAGGAUCUGACUGUCUGCCUAUGAAGAGUGACCGAUCCAAAGGUUUUCCUCUGAACUGCAGUAAUGAACCUGGACCCUCAGAGACAAAAGAGAAGAAAGAAAGGAGUGAUGAGGAGGAGCAGCUGUCCUGCUGUGCUUUGUGUCAGGACGUCCUGAAGGAUCCCGUCUCUACCAGCUGUGGACACUGGUUCUGCAGACGCUGCAUCAGCUCAUACUGGGACCAGUCUGCUUCACCAGGACACUCCUCCUGUCCCCAGUGUGGACAAAGAUCCAGAACGGGACCUGGACUGCAGACAGCCAGUCAGAGCAGCAAUGUAGACAUGGAUGAUGAUCUGCAAGAGGUUUUAGAUGAGCAUAAGCUCAGUUUGAAGAGGAGAUUUGAACGUGUGACUGAAGGAGCUGAUGGAACAGGAAGUGGAACCCUCUUCAACAGGAUCUUCAUCACAGAGCGAUGGAGUGAAGAUGUUAAUACCCAGCAUGAGGUGAGGCAGCUGGAGACAGCUUCCAAGAAGAAGACCGUCCACGACGCUCCAAUCAAGUGCCAGGACAUCUUUAAAGCCUUACCUGACCAACAGGGACACAUCAGAGUGGUUCUGACGAACGGCGUCGCUGGCGUUGGAAAAACCUUCUCGGUGCAGAAGUUCAGUCUGGACUGGGCAGAGGGUUUGGAGAACCAAGAUGUCAGUGUGGUGAUUCUGCUUUCCUUCAGGGAGCUGAACUUGAUCAGAGGUGAGCAGUACAGUCUUCUGGAGCUGCUCCAUGUUUUCCAUCCAACAUUACAGAAGGUCACAGCAGAGAAGCUCGCCGUCUGUAAACUUCUGUUCAUCUUUGACGGCCUGGAUGAAAGAAGACUUCCACUGGAUUUCAACAACAAGAAGGUUGUGUCUGAUGUCACACAGAAGUCAACGGUCAACGUGCUGCUGACAAACCUCAUCGAGGGGAAUCUGCUUCCCUCGGCUCUCGUCUGGAUAACUUCCCGACCCGCGGCGGCCAAUCAGAUCCCUCCUGCGUGUGUCGACAGGGUGACAGAAGUACGAGGCUUCACUGAUGCCCAGAAGGAGGAGUACUUCAGGAGGAGGGUCAGUGAUGAACAGCGCUCCAGCACAAUCAUCUCACACAUCCAGACAUCCAGGAGCCUCCACAUCAUGUGUCUGAUCCCAGUCUUCUGCUGGAUCACUGCUACAGUUCUGGACCACAUGUUGACUACAGAGCAGAGAGGAGAGCUGCCCAAGACCCUGACUGACCUGUACUCACACUUCCUGCUGGUUCAGACAAAGAAGAAGAAGCAGAAGUAUGAUGAGGGACAUGAGAUGAGUCCACAGGAGCUGAUGGAGGCUGACAGAGAAGUUCUUCUGAAGCUGGGGAAGCUAGCAUUUAAAAAGCUGCAGAAAGGAAAAGUCAUGUUCUACCAAGAAGACCUGGAGCGCUGUGGUAUUGAUGUCACAGAGGCCUCUGAGUAUUCAGAGAUCUUCAAAAGAGAGAGUGUGAUCUUCCAGAAAACAGUCUACUGCUUCGUUCAUCUGAGCGUUCAGGAGUUUCUGGCUGCAGUCUACAUGUUCCACUGUUACACCACCAGGAACACAAAGGCAUUGAAGACUUUAUUUGGGAAAAAACAAGUUGAUUCAACCCUGGAUGUCUUCCUGAUUUCAGCAAUGAAGAAAGGUCUAAAGAGUGAAAACGGCCACUUGGACGUGUUUAUUCGCUUCCUUCAUGGCCUCUCUCUGGAGUCCAACCAGAGACUGUUAGGAGGCCUGCUGGGUCAGACAGACAACAGUCCAGAAGUCAUCCAGAGAGUUGUCGACAACCUUAAAACACACAAGACCACUUCCUCUCCUGACAGAAGCUUCAACAUCUUCCACUGUCUGAUGGAGCUGAAUGACCACACAGUACACCAGGAGGUCCAAGAGUUCUUGAAUUCAGAGAACAGAUCUGAAAAGAAACUUUCAGCAAUCCACUGCUCAGCUCUGGCCUACAUGUUGCAGAUGUCAGAGGAGGUUCUGGAUGAGCUUAAUGUGAAGAAGUACAAGACAACAACAGAGGGAAAACAGAGACUGAUUCCAGCUGUGAGGAACUGCACAAACGCUGUAUUUAUCAACUGUGCCCUCAGUGAGAGGCACUUUGGUAUUUUGGCCUCAGCUCUGAAGUCCAAUCCCUCCCACCUGAGAGUACUAGAGCUUGAUCGAAACCGCAUAAGGGAUUUAAAAAUGACACUACUGUGUGCUGGACUGGAAAGUCAAAACUGUAAAUUGGAGACUUUGAGAUUGAGGAGCUGCAGUUUGUCAGAGAUCAGCUGUGCUUUUCUGGCCUCCGCUCUGAAGUCCAACCCCUCCCAUCUGAGAGAGCUGCAGCUGAGUGAAAACAAGCUGCAGGAUUCAGGAGUGAAACUGCUGUGUGAUUUCCUGGAGAGUCCAGACUGCAGACUGGAGACUUUGAGAUUGAGGCGCUGCAGUUUGUCAGAGAUCAGCUGUGGUUUUCUGGCCUCAGCUCUGAAGUCCAACCCCUCCCAUCUGAGAGAGCUCGACCUGAGAGACAACUACAACCUGCAGGACUCAGGAGUACUGUGUGAUCUUGUGAAGAGUCCACACUAUAGACUGGAGUCUUUGAGACUGACUUCAGAUCAGAAGAUGAGUGAUAGUGUGGAGGAAGAGGAGGACAGAGCAGAGUCUCCAGGAUCUGACUGUCUGUCUAUGAGGAGUGACUGGUCCAAAGGUUUUCCUCUGAACUUCAGUAAUGAACCUGGACCCUCAGAUACAAAACUGACUUCAGAUCAGAAGAUGAGUGAUAGUGUGGAGGAAGAGGAGGACAGAGCAGAGUCUCCAGGAUCUGACUGUCUGUCUAUGAGGAGUGACUGGUCCAAAGGUUUUCCUAUGAACUUCAGUAAUGAACCUGGACCCUCAGAGACAAAACUGACUUCAGAUCAGAAGAUGAGUGAUGAUCAGAGUGAUAGUGUGGUGGAGGAAGAGGAGGACAGAGCAGAGUCUCCAGGAUCUGACUGUCUGUCUAUGAGGAGUGACUGGUCCAAAGGUUUUCCUCUGAACUUCAGUAAUGAACCUGGACCCCCAGACACAAAACUGACUUUAGAUCAGAAGACGAGUGAUAGUGUAGAGGAGGACAGAGCAGAGUCUCCAGGAUCUGACUGUCUGUCUAUGAGGAGUGACUGGUCCAAAGGUUUUCCUCUGAACUUCAGUAAUGAACCUGGACCCUCAGACACAAAACUGACUUCAGAUCAGAAGAUGAGUGAUAGUGUGGAGGAAGAGGAGGACAGAGCAGAGUCUCCAGGAUCUGACUGUCUGUCUAUGAGGAGUGACCGAUCCAAAGGUUUUCCUAUGAACUUCAGUAAUGAACCUGGACCCUCAGAGACAAAACUGACUUCAGAUCAGAAGACGGGUGAUAGUGUGGAGGAAGAGGAGGAUGGAGCAGAGUCUGUAGUAUCCGGCUGUCUGUCUGUGAAGAGUGACCGAUCCAAAGGUUUUCCUCUGAACUUCAGUAAUGAACCUGAACCCUCAAAGACAAAAGAGAAAAAAAAGAAGAGUGAUGCUUCUGUGGAGGAGAAGCUGUCCUGCUGUGCUUUGUGUCAGGACGUCCUGAAGGAUCCCGUCUCUACCAGCUGUGGACACUGGUUCUGCAGAUGCUGCAUCAGCUCAUACUGGGACCAGUCUGCUUCACCAGGAGACUCCUCCUGUCCCCAGUGUGGACAAAGAUCCAGAACGGGACCUGGACUGCAGACAGCCAGUCAGACCAGCACUGAACAAAGUCUGCAGGAGGUUUUAGAUGAGCAUAAGAUCAGUCUGAGGAGGAGAUGUGAACGUGUGACUGAAGGAAGUGAUGGAACAGGAAGUGGAACCCUCCUCAACAGGAUCUACACUGAGCUCUACAUCACAGAGGGACAGAGUGAAGAGGUUAAUACCCAACAUGAGGUGAGGCAGCUGGAAACAGCUUCCAAGAAGAAGACCGUCCACGACACUCCAAUCAAGUGCCAGGACAUCUUUAAAGCCUUACCUGACCAACAGGGACACAUCAGAGUGGUUCUGACGAACGGCGUUGCCGGCGUUGGAAAAACCUUCUCGGUGCAGAAGUUCAGUCUGGACUGGGCAGAGGGUUUGGAGAACCAAGAUGUCAGUGUGGUGAUUCUGCUUUCCUUCAGGGAGCUGAACUUGAUCAGAGGUGAGCAGUACAGUCUUCUGGAGCUGCUCCAUGUUUUCCAUCCAACAUUACAGAAGGUCACAGCAGAGAAGCUCGCCGUCUGUAAACUUCUGUUCAUCUUUGACGGCCUGGAUGAAAGCAGACUUUCUCUGGAUUUCAACAACAAGGAGGUUGUGUCUGAUGUCACACAGAAGUCAUCGGUCAACGGGCUGCUGACAAACCUCAUCGAGGGGAAUCUGCUUCCCUCGGCUCUCGUCUGGAUAACCUCCCGACCCGCGGCGGCCAAUCAGAUCCCUCCUAAACAUGUCGACAGGGUGACAGAAGUACGAGGCUUCACUGACGCCCAGAAGGAGGAGUACUUCAGGAGGAGGGUCAGUGAUGAAGAGCGCUCCAGCACAAUCAUCUCACACAUCCAGACGUCCAGGAGCCUCCACAUCAUGUGUCUGAUCCCAGUCUUCUGCUGGAUCACUGCUACAGUUCUGGACCACAUGUUGACUACAGAGCAGAGAGGAGAGCUGCCCAAGACCCUGACUGACCUGUACUCACACUUCCUGCUGGUUCAGACAAAGAAGAAGAAGCAGAAGUAUGAUGAGGGACAUGAGACGAGUCCAUAUGAGCUGAUGGAGGCUGACAGAGAAGUUCUUCUGAAGCUGGGGAGGCUGGCGUUUGAACAGCUGGAGAAAGGAAACAUCAUGUUCUACCAAGAAGACCUGGAGCGAUGUGGUCUCCAUGUCACAGAGGCCUCGGUGUACUCAGGAGUUUGUACAGAGAUCUUUAGAAGAGAGAGUGUGAUCUUCCAGAAAACAGUCUAUUGCUUCAUUCAUCUGAGCGUUCAGGAGUUUCUUGCUGCAGUCUAUAUGUUCCACUGUUACACCACCAGGAACACAGAGGUACUGGAGGCAUUCUUAGAGAAAAAACAAGUUGAUUCAACCCUGGAUGUCUUCCUGACCUCAGCAGUAAAGAGAUCUCUAACGAGUAAAAAUGGCCACCUGGACCUGUUUGUUCGCUUUCUUCAUGGCCUCUCUCUGGAGUCCAACCAGAGUCUGUUAGGAGGCCUGCUGGGUCACACAGACAACAGUCCAAAAGUCAUCCAGAAAGUUAUCAAGAACCUGAAGAACAGGAGCACUUCCUCUCCUGACAAAAGCAUCAACUUCUUCCACUGUCUGACAGAGAUGAACGAUCUCUCAAUACAUCAGGAGAUCCAAGAGUUCCUGAAGUCAGAGAACAGAUCAGAAAAGAAACUCUCUGAGAUCCACUGCUCAGCUCUGGCCCACAUGCUGCAGAUGUCAGAGGAGGUUCUGGAUGAGUUGGACCUGAGGAAUUACAACACAUCAAAGACUGGUCGACGGAGACUGAUUCCAGCUGUGAGGAACUGCAGAAAAGCUCUACUUGCCAACUGUGUACUCUCUGCGACUCACUGUGAAAUCGUGGCCUCAGCUCUGAAGUCCAAUCCCUCCCAUCUGAGAGAGCUGGAGCUGAGUAAAAACAGCCUGAAGGAUUCAAAUAUUACGCUGCUGUGUCCUGGACUAGAAAGUCUAAACUGUAAAUUGAAGAUUCUGAGAUUGGUGAACUGCAGUUUGACAGAGAUCAGCUGUGCUUCUCUGGCCUCAGCUCUGAAGUCCAACCCCUCCCAUCUGAGAGAGCUGGACCUGAGACGAAACGAGCUGGAAGAUUCAGGAGCGAAGUUGCUGUGUGAUUUUCUGGAGAGUCCGAACUGCAGACUGAAGACUCUGAGAUUGAGUUGGUGCAGUUUGACAGAGAUCAGCUGUGCUUCUCUGGCCUCAGCUCUGACGUCCAACCCCUCCCAUCUGAGAAAUCUGGACCUGAGUGAGAACAAGCUGCAGGAUUCAGGAGUGAAGCUGCUGUGUGAUUUCCUGGAGAGUCCAGACUGCAGACUGGAGACUUUGAGCUUGUCUCCGGUGGAGUGGUCGGUCCCGGCGCAGCAUCCAGCCUCCACACCGGACGUGUCGCAGGCUGCAGAGCGGCUCCGUGGGGACGGUCAGGACGCUCGUUGUGGAGAUUAUAACUAUUAUCUGUCGUAUAACAAGUGGAAUCUACCCGCUGGGAGCUCAGAGGAGGUUUGGAGGAUGAACCCUCAGUGUGCCCGCUGUGGGAAGAUCGUCUACCCGACGGAGAAAGUCAGCUGCCUGGACAAGAACUGGCAUAAAGGAUGUUUCCACUGCGAAGUUUGUAAGAUGACCCUGAACAUGAAGAACUACAAAGGCUACGACAAGAAACCCUACUGCAAUGCACAUUAUCCCAAGACGUCGUUCACCAUCGUGGCCGACACACCGGAGAACCUGAGACUGAGACAGCAGAGCGAGCUACAGAGCCAGGUGAAGUAUAAGAAGUCAGGGAGGCAGGAGGCCGGCAGCUGUCUUUACUCUGUGAUGCCGGACACUCUGGAGACUCAACACGCCAAGCAGGCCUCACACAUCCAGAGCCAGGUGAAGUACAGAGAGGACGUGCAGAAGUCUUCCAGUCUGUUCUCCAGCCUUCCUCAGACCCUGCAGACGGAGCUGGCCAAGGAGGUGACGGAGCUCCAGAGUCAGCUGAAAUAUAAGCAGGGACACAAGAAGGAGGCGUCCUCGUCCCUCUACCACCUCCUCCCUGAGACGGCAGAGAUGCAUUUCGCCAAACAGAUGUCGGAGAUCCAGAGCGAGACAAAGUACAAGAAGGACAAAGAGGAUCUGGCCAACACUCUGUUCUCUCUGCUGCCUGAAACUCUGGAGACUCAGUUUGUGAAGGAGAUGGCUGAGACACACAGCGAGGUGAAGUAUAAGCAGGCUGGGAAGCUUCAGGCGUCCUCGUCCCUCUACUCCAAACUGGCUGAGACUCUGGAGACCAAACGGGUCAGAGAGGUGACGGAGCUGCAGAGUGAAAAAAAGUACAAAGAUGACGGGAGGAAAGAGAUGACGUCGUCUCUGUACGCUCAGCUCCCUGAAACCUCCGAGACUCAGUUCGCCCGAGAGAUGACGGAGUUACAGAGCGAGAACCGGUAUAAGGAGAGCGGGAAGCGGAGCCAGACGGUCAGCGUUUACUCUCAGCUCCCAGACACCAACGAGAUCCAGUUCGCCAAAGCUGUUUCUGAGAUCCAGAGCGAGAGUAAAUAUAAAGAAGCAGGGAGGAAAGAGGCGUCCAGCUCUCUGUACUCGAAGCUGCCGGAGACUCUGGACACUCAGCACGCUAAAGAGGCUUCACAGCUGCAGAGUCAGGUGAAGUAUAAGGAGGAGAGCAGAAAGGAGGCGCGCGGCUCCUUGUACCACCAGCUGCCUGAGACCACAGAGACCCAGCUGGCUAAAGAGCUGAGAGACGUUUACAGCCAGGUGAAGUACAAAGAGGAGGGCAGGAAGGAGGUCAGCAGGAACCUGUACUCGCUGCUCCCCGAGACCGCAGACACACACUUCGCCAAGCAGAUGUCGGAAAUACAGAGUGAGACAAAGUACAAGAAGGACAAAGAGGAUCUGGCCAACACUCUGUUCUCUCUGCUGCCUGAAACUCUGGAGACUCAGUUUGUGAAGGAGAUGGCUGAGACACACAGCGAGGUCAAGUACAAGGAAGCAGGGAAGAGAGAGGCCAGCAGCUCUCUGUACCACCGUCUGCCUGAGACGCUGGAGACGCAGCAUGUUAGAGAGGUCACUGAGCUGCAGAGCCAGAACAAGUACAAGCAGAGCGGGAAGGCGUCCAUGUCUUCCAGUCUGUACGCUCAGCUGCCGCACACGGCCGAGACGCAGCUCGCCGCCAAGAUGUCCGACCUGCAGAGCGAGAGUAAAUACAAGGAGGACGGGCUGAGGAGCCUCUCUCAGAGCUUCUACUCUCAGCUGCCGCAGACGGCAGAGACUCAGUUGGCUAAAGCCGUUUCUGAGCUGCAGAGCGAGGCCAAGUACAAGGAGGCGAGCAGGAAGGAGGCGAGCAGCUGUCUGUACCACCAGCUGCCUGAGACUCUGGAGACGCUGCACGCUAAAGAGGCCACCGAGCUGCAGAGCCAGCUAAAGUACAAGGAAGGAGGGAAGAAAGAUCUGAGCACCAACCUUUACUCUGCGCUGGCCGAGACGGAGCCGAUGAAGUUUGCUAAAGCUGCCAUGGAGCUGCAGAGCGAGAAUAAAUACAAGCAGAAAGGCCGUCAGGAGAUCAGUAGCAGUGUUUUCCACCAGAUGCCGGAGACCAAAGAGAUGGAGUUUGUGAAGCAGAUCUCUGAACUCCAGAGUGAGACAAAGUACAAGAAGGACAAGGAGGAUCUGGCCAACACUCUGUUCUCUCUGCUGCCUGAAACUCUGGAGACUCAGUUUGUGAAGGAGAUGGCUGAGACACACAGCGAGAGUAAAUACAAGGAGGCGGGGAAGAAGGAGCUGGUAAACAGUCUGUAUUCUCUGCUGCCGGAGACCAAAGAAACUCAACACGCCAAGGAGCAGAGUCAGCUGCACAGCGAGAAAGCGUACAGGGAGGAGGGGAAGAAGGAGGCCGGCUGCAGUCUGUACGCCCAGAUGCCCCAAACCAUCGAGACCGUCUUCGCCAAAGAGCUGAUCAAGACGCAGAGCGACAAGUUCUACAAGGAGAAGUUCAACCGGGAGAAGGGGAAGUCGAGCUACAGCAACAUGAAGACGCUGCCGGAGGUGGAGCACGCCAUGGAGGUCAACAAGAACCAGAGUGAAGUCGGCUACAGAAAAGGCAAAGAGGAGCUUCAUCACUACAACUCAGUGGCAGACAGACCCGACAUCGUCAGCGCCACCAACGCUGCUAAACUGGCCAGCGACGUAGCCUAUAAGAGCAACAACAAGCCGCCAGUUUACAGCGACGGAUCUCUUUUGGACCGAACCGACAUCCAGCACGCCAAGGAGGUUUCAAAACUGGCCAGCCAGGUGAAGUACAAGGAGAGCUUCGACAGACAUUUAAAGGGCCAGCGUCCUCGUUACAACCCGCUGGACUGUCUCUCCUUCAAACACACACAAGCUGCAGCUGCUCUGGCCAGUCAGGUGAAGUAUAAGACCAACCAGAACCAGAAGCCAGAAGGUUCUGCAGACCUGCCCAACCUGCUGCAGCUGGAACACGUUCUGCACGCCAGCAAGCUGCAGAGCAACGUGGAGUAUAAGAAGAAGUACGAGCAGACGAAGGCUCAGCACCACGUCCCUCUGGACACGGCUGAACAGCUCCACCACAAGGAGAACGCCGUGCUGCACAGCCAGGUGAAGUACAGGGAGGAGUACCAGAGGAGCAGAGGACGCUCUCUGAUGGAGUUUGGAGACACUCAGACGUACAAAGUGUCCAAAGAAGCUCAGAAGAUGCAGAGCGAGAGGGAGUACCGCAGGGACUACGAGGAGCAGGUGAAGGGGAAAGCUCUGGUGGACGUCGACCAGACACCUGGAUACCUGACGGCACGCCACGCCAGCAGCCUGCUGAGCGAGAAGGAGUACAGGAAGGACCUGGAGCAGGAAGUGAAGGGGCGGGGCUUAUCUGGCCUCGGGCUGGAGGAAACACCUGAGCUGCUGAGAGUUAAAAAGGCCAAUCAGAUCCUGAACCAGAAGGAGUACCGUAGAGACCUGGAGAGGGACAUCGUGGGUAAAGGCAUGGAGCUGAGCGCCGACGUCCUCGACAUGCAACGAGCCAAGAGAGCCUCAGAGAUCCAGAGCCAGAGAUCCUACAAGCAGACGCAUCAACUCAGAGAAAACUCCUACGGGACGCUGACGGACACCCCGGAGCUGCUGCACGCCUCCUACCUCAAAGACGUCUACAGCCAGAAGAAGUAUAAGGACGAGGCGGAGCGUCUGAAGGGACGCUACAGUCUGCUGUCACACACUCCAGAGAUGGAGCGGGUCCGAGCCAACCAGAGACACCUCAGCUCCCUGCGCUACUGCUGGGACUCCAAGCUGACCAGAGGCCUGAUGUCUUCAGUCACAGAGACGCCAGAGAUCGUCCUCGCCAGAGAGAACGCCAAGAGGAUCAGCGACGUUCAGUACAGAGACGAGGUGGGCCGAGGCACCGCCGUCAUGGACACACCGGAGAUGGAGAGAGUCCGACGCAACCAGGAGAACAUCAGCUCAGUCCGCUACAAGCAGAGCUCAGUGAAGACCUCCAGUGUUGGAGUGACUCCAGAACUGGAGAGAGUCAGACAGAACCAGGAGAACAUCAGCUCAGUGAGGUACCAGCGGGGGCUCCAGGAGCUGAGGGGUCACAGCUGCACCGAGCUGGACACACCUGAGUACAGACGAGUCAGGAAGUCUCAGGACUCGGUCUCCAUGGUAGCGGCCUCGCCGGCGAUGUGGGAGGAGCUAACACGAGUGGCGUGGCACCGCGGCUGGGCCUGACGCACCGCCACUAACACCACCGCCACCACCGCCACGCAGCAUGGAGGCACAGCAGCGUGUGUGUGACUGGGCACUGUAAAAAAAAAAAAUACAGAAAAUUACCAGAUUAUUUUACAGGGUUUUUCUACAAUAAGUGCAACUACCAUAAAACAAGUAAAUAGCUUUUACUACAAAUAUUAACCACAAAAAAACAAUAAUGUGUUAAAUUAGUGAAUUAUAUGAAAAUGAAAUUGAAACUUUCUGUUUUUUAGCAGUAAAACUUUAAAAUUUUAUGUAAAAAAAAAAAGGUAAAAAGUCCUGCAGUAAAGUAAAACAACUUUAGUAAUUCUACAGAUAUUUAUUAUUAAGGAUAAAUUAUAAAGGAAUUCUCUGUAAAGUAACUUUCGGUUCUUUGUUGUUGAUUGACGGUAAGUUCAUGACGUGUGUGUGUCUUUGUGUGUGUGUAUUUGUGUGU